AUGUCCACCACUACCACAAUCGAAGCUCCCGAGCUAUCAUACGUCCAGGUCCCAGAGACAUCAGAGAACCUCGACUGGGCCGACCUGCGAACGCUCGACCUCAGCAAAUUCGAUCAACCAGGCGGAAAGGAAGAACUCGCUGCUGAGCUUACGCAAGCCAUUGAAGAUGUCGGCUUCUUCUACGUAAGAAACUACGGCCUCACAAAGUCGCAAAUCGACACGCAAUUCGCAAUCGCAAAAUCCGUCCUGUCCCUCCCAACCGAAGAAAAACAAAAAUACCGCGCGGCGCUCGAGCAGGGAGACUAUAACGGGUGGAAGCCCGCGGGUAUCCGGACGCUUGUCCCGGGGGUGAAAGAUAAUUUCGAGAUCUACAAUAUCCCGAAAUUCACGCCCGAGCAUGCGGAUCGCGCGCAUCCCGAGAUUGUCCGCGAGCAGUGGGAUGCCAUCGAGACAUUCUCGAGGCAUAUCCAUGAUGAGAUUGUGAAAAAGCUGCUUAUGAUCUUUGCCAUUGCUUUGGGGCUGCAGGAUGAGGAGUGGCUUGUUAAUAAGCAUCGGUAUGAGCAGACGAGUGGGGAUCAUUUGCGGUAUAUGAAGUAUUACGCACGGAGUCAGGAGGAGAAUGACAAGCUUGGGGGCGUGUGGCUGAAGGGACACUCUGAUAUGGGCAGUCUAACCCUCCUCUUCCGGCAACCGGUCGCUGCGCUCCAGGUUCUCACGAAGACUGGCGAGUGGAAGUACGUACGGCCGCAGAUGGAUGCUCUUACGGUCAACAUCGCCGAUGCGCUACAGUUCAUGACGAACGGCUACCUAAAAUCGAGCAUCCACCGCGUUGUCGCUCCACCCAAGGACCAAGCACAUAUCGACCGACUUGGUGUGCUAUACAUGGUCCGGAUCGAGGAUGAUUGUGACCUGCUUCCAAUCCAGGAGUCGCCUGUUCUGCGGAAACAUGGGUUGAUUGAGAACAAGAUCGUAGGAAGUGAUGGGCAGCCCCUCAAGGCUGGUGAGUGGGUUACGCAGCGAGUGAUCAAGAAUCUCGGAGAGUCGACUGCAAAGGAGGGUGAUAAUGAGAUUAAUGAUGUCGAGAUUCUUAAGGGGGUCAAUGUUACUUACUAUGAUUAG